AUGGCUGCAGAAGGGCCGCAGAUGGCUCAGCUAGUACGGGCUUACCUCGCACUCGACAGCCCCGACCCGUCCACCGCUCAGCAGCUCGCGGAUGGACUGGGUCGUGGGGACUGGAAGAUGCUGCAGAUUGUCAAGGAGCUGGGCAGCGCAUUGACGAGCGAAGUGGACGCGACGAGGGCCAAAGGCGUCGAGCUGCUCUCCAGUGUUGUGGUCAAGAUGGACAAGGAGCUGCUGGACCGACAGACGACCAAAACUCUGACGACGUUCUUCGUCGACAAGCUGUCGGAGAAGACGUCUCUCGUGCCAUGCGCGACGGCACUCACCGAGUUGACGACGUGUUCGACGUUCGGAACUGGAGAAGGCAUGGAGGUUGCUCGAGGAGCUCUGUCGUCGGUCACUCUGAAGGCUCACCCUCAGGCGAUCCGGCACUCCGUCUACGUCCUCCUCGACCACCUCAUGACCCAUUCGCGCCCGGCUCUCAAGCGUCUUGGCAACGACUUCAUCGGCGGCUACUGCGCACUCGUCGAGGGCGAGAAGGACCCGCGCAACCUCAUGAUCAGCUUCAGCGUGAUCAAGGUCAUCCUCCUCGAGUUUGACAUCGUCCGGCAUGUCGAGGACCUCUUCGACGUCACGUUUUGCUACUUCCCGAUCACCUUCACGCCGCCGCCUGACGACCCGUACGGCAUCUCGUCGGAGGACUUGAUCGUCGCGCUGAGGAACUGUCUUUGCGCUACCCCUCUGUUCGGCCGCCUCGCUCUUCCGCUCUUCCUCGACAAGAUGCAGGCCGCGUCGGAGAAGGCAAAGCGCCAAACUCUGCAAGCGCUCAUCGCCUGUUUCCCGAUCUACGGCGCCGAAGUUUCGGGCGAAUGGGCUGGUCGUUUCUCAGAGGCCUUGAUCAUCGAGGUCUUCCAUGCGUCCGAUACCGACAUGCAGGAUCUCGCCCUUCACACUUUCCGCUCGCUCUACGCGACGCUCUAUCCGGACCACCCAGCUUUGCCCGUCGUCGAAGAGACGCAUGCUGCCGAUGGAGGAGAUGUCGAGAUGUCGAGUCCGGCGGAUACGGAAGAGGACAAAAUCGAGGGCGUGGCGGUCAAGGCGGUACUCAACUCGCUGGACGAGCUGCAGGAGCCGGACAAGAACAACGCAAAGCCAGCCGUGCGGAUAUUGACAGCCUUUGUUGCCGCGUCGAACCGGCUUGCCCGCUAUGUCAUCAAGCAAGCACUACCGCCUCUGCUCGACCUGUACAAAGACCAAAAUCAGAUCACGCUUCGCCCCUCCAUCCUGUCGCACAUCGCCACGCUUCUCUCCUCGCUGUCGGAUCCCGAACCCGAAACUCCCGCCUCUGCCGCUCCGCUCUUCUCGCCUCCCACCUUGUCUCACGCAUCCGGCGAAUCGCCUCUCGAACCGUUCCGAGACGACCUCCUUACCAUUCUCACCUUCUCCUCCCGCGCCCUCACCUGCCGAACCGCCUCCGUCUCCGGGCUCGUCGCGCUCCUCAAGAUUCCGGCCUUCCUCUCUCCCGCUGAAGUCGACUUUUGCGUCUCGGCGAUCAAUGAUGUCCUCGUUCAGCCAGACGGUGACGAGUACUACGAUGCCGCUCUCGACGCCCUCGUUAUUGUGGCCCGCCUCUUCCCACGAACAGUCGAAUCAUCCACGCUCCCUAUCCUCUUCCGCGCCUUCCCCUCUUCGCCAGCGCCUGAACCGACCAGCUCAGAGAGCGAAGCGUAUCGCCGAGCUCUCGAGGCUCUCGCCGCCCUUUGCCUCCACCCCGACCUUUUCGAGAUUCUCACACUCCGACUCACCUCCCGCCUCGAGGAGAUCCUCGCUUUUACGCCGACCUCGCCUUCCGACUUUUCCGCCGCGACGCUCUACGCGCACCACAUCCUCGAGACGUUGCGGGCGGUUUUGCAGGAGAAGAUCCGGCGGAAUCACCUGGACGUCGGCAAGUACAUCGAGCGGUUCGUGCCAGGCCUUUGCGCGUUGUUCAUCUUGCCGACGCUGCGAGCGUCGGCUGACGAUGCUGAAGGAAAGCGGGUGGUUGCGAAAGACCCGCGACUGCUGGUCGACGUCGGCAAGGUCGUCAACCUCGUUGUUCAGCGAGUGGACCUGGAACGCCAAACCAGCUUCUCGCAUGCCGUCAACGAGGCGUUCCACCACGGCAAGCUGGACAUGCUGCUCGGGUCGGCUGGCAAGGCAGCGGAGAGCGCCAAUUUCCAGCCAUUCUCCUCCUCCAGCGCUACCUCCCAGCAGAACCUCGUCUCGCUCUUCACCUCCCUCCUCCUCGCCAUGCGCCCCGCCGUCUCCCUCCCCUCCUCCGAACUUCUCACGUUCCUCCGCUCCUUCCUCGCACGCAGUCUCGUCUGCCAAAACGAGAUCCAGCUUGUUGCUGUUCUGCACUUGCUCUCCAAUUCGGUCAACAAGCGGGCGCAGGAUGUCGGCGAGUUCAUCGACGAGGACCUGCCCCGCUUCUUCUCGGAGAGCGUCAAGGAUGCGUCGAAGCCGCUCGCAAUGCGACGAUCUGCUCUUCGCGUCUUCACCUGGGUCGCCAAAGGCCUCAUCGUGCGCUCCGACCAGCGCGGCUACACGAUGGUGGACCAGCUGCUCGACCUCUUCCACGACUCGGAGCUCGGACGGACAGCAGCGACGUCUUUGAGCGUCAUCGCGGAGGACAAGGACCGCGUGCUGUCGAAGGAGAACUUUGCCGUCAUCCGGCUUCUGUACAAGCAGCGCUUCUUCACCUAUCUCCUGCCGAAGCUCGUCACGUCGUACAAGGCGGCGUCAAGCGAGGACCAGGUCAUCUACCUCACUGCGCUGUCGUCGGUCCUGCAGCACAUCCCGAAGCAGCUCACUUUGUCCGAGUUGCCAAAGCUUCUCCCGCUCCUCAUCACAGCUCUCGACUUGCCCGACCCGCUCCUCCGCGCAAACGUCAUCGAUGCGCUCGCCGUACUCGUCAAGGAGGUCCCCGCAGAGAUGGAGAACUCGAUCAGCGGGAUCGCGGGCAAGGUGCUCAAGGGCUUGACGGGUGGAGCGGGGGCAGGUCAAACCCCUGCGCAGGCGCGGUCGGCGGCACAACUCCGCCUCUCGUCACUCUCGUUCCUCGCUGUCCUCCCGGCGCACAUCCCCUACCUCGCCUUGCACUCGCAGAAGGCUGUCGUCCUCAAAGAGCUCGGCAAGGCGGUUGACGACCCGAGGAAGGACGUCAGGCGAGCGGCGGUCGAGUGUCGCAGCGCGUGGUUCUUGUACAGCGGUUGA